AGAAAACACGCUGACUCCCACACGCUUACAGUCUAGUGGAGGGUGGUCAGAAACACUGCUGGCUCCAGUCUGCUGCUCUGCCGCUCGCUCUCUCUUGUUUUUCUCUUUUUUCUUCUGGGUUAUUUUUCUUCGCUGCUGAUCAGGAGAGAGAGAAGAGGGAGACACUGAUGAGAGACGUCGCUCAGAACUUGCGGGAGAUCCCUGGUGUGUGUGCGGGUGUGUGUACCACUGCCAGACGUCCGUGGGGGGCUGCGAGCGGCGCCUCUCGCGCUCCGCCAGGAUGGGCUGUAACCUGUGCACGCUGCAGAAGAGAGAGGAGCACUACAAACUGCUGUACGAGAUCGCUCAGGUAAAUGGGCGUGACUUUUCGAAAUCUGGACAUGAAGUGGCUGUUGAAGCAAUGCGGAAGGAGCCCAUUGUUGUCCAGGUAUUACGGCGGGGUCCCGCAGCCAGUAACCAUGGCAACCUGCAAGAGGUUUGCGUGGUGGAUGUGUGUACUCAGACAGACAUCACGUUCGAGCAUAUUAUGGCUUUGGCCAAAAUGAGGCCAGCUACUCCACCAGUGCCUGACAUCUGCCCCUUUCUGCUGUCGGACAGCUGUCAUUCCAUCCAGACAAUGGAGCAUGAAUACUUUGAGUGUCCGGAAUAUUUGUCCAACCCUCGGGCAGAAGUGGAAAGGGCAGAUGAAUUUGAGUAUGAGGAGGUUGAGUUGUGUCGUCUGAACAGUCAGGAGAAGUUGGGGCUCACCCUCUGCUACAGGACGGAUGAUGAAGAGGACACAGCUAUCUACGUCAGCCAGGUCGGCCCCAACAGCAUAGCCGCCAGAGAUGGACGCAUCAGAGAGGGCGAUCGAAUUUUACAGAUAAAUGGCUGUGAUGUGCAGGACAGGCAGGAAGCUGUGGCUCUUCUCUCUAAUGAAGACACCAAGAACAUUGUAUUAUUAGUUACCAGGCCAGAGGCACAGAUGGAUGAAGCCUGGUUGGAUGAAGAACACCAUGACUUCCUGGAGGAGCUAAAGAUGGAAAUUCUGGAGGAGCGGAGAAAAGAAGAUAUCUUUCAGACAGCCAAAUGUGAUAAGCAAUCCAAGAUGCCAGAUGAGGAUCAAGCCACCUGCUCAUCCACCUUGCAGGAUAAAGGCAGUGGGAUGGGACAUGGAGGUGAGGAGUGCUCCGGACCUCAUGUCCAAAAAAGGACUCCUAAGCGUAUGCAUCACCAAUGGGAGGUGGAGCCACAUUUGGUUCCCACCAGCCCAGCCAAUCAGGAGCUGAGCCAAGAAGGUGAACGGAGUGAGGCUGGAGUGGAAUGUGAUAGUUUCCAGCAGCUUCUGCAACUGAAGUGCCAGAUCCGGAAUGAAGGCGAGUGCGGCCUGGUGUACCGGCGCAGCAGCACCAUUGAGUGCAGUCUGACAGAGCAGGCCGGCAGAGGAGGGGUGGAGCGUGAGCUACGUAUGCUGAAUGAGGAGCUACGCAGUAUUGAGCGCAAGUGCCAGAGCAUCAUGCAGGCCCACCAACUGCGCAGAAACAAGCGGGACGUACCUAGAGCAGACAAGGAUAGUAGGACUCGCCGGGCCAAGCUGGAAGAUAUCAAUGAGCAGCCUGAGAGGACGCAAUGUGAGAAGCUGAGGGACAAGGACAGCUCAAGUGCAUACAACACAGCAGAAAGCUCACGAUCCACUCCUUUGGGCACCGAAGGUUCACCUGACCACUCUUUGCAAAGGCACAUCCACCAAACCAAUCAAAGGAACUUGCGCAGUGGCAGUGCAAUUCAUGCUCAAGGGGUAUCUUAUGGUAGCCCCUUAACUUCCCACAACUGCCCUGCUUAUAGUCAUACCUCACCCACUCAUGGCAACCUCACCUUUGGUAAUAUUACUCCUGCUAACUCCUCUCAAAGUAGACCCACUCAUGCUAACUCCACUCCACCACUACAGACCCCAAUCACCAGUCCUGGGUCGCAAGGUCCAGGCCAGGCUCUGUCCAGCAGCCUGGAGCAAAGUCCCAGCAACCCAUCUGAGUCAGACCCAGCCCUUCCGGCUGAUGACGAGCGGCAUGAUCGGACGAGGAGCCGAAGCCGGGCAGCCCCCGUACGCAGCCACCCCUCUCCUUACCACCCCAACACCAGUCACUACCAGGGCUACAUGCAGCUCCUCCAGCAGCACUCAUCCUCCUCCCUAGAAUACUCUCAGAGCCAGCUAAGUUUGUUGAGCCUCCGUGGACGGCCCUCCCCUCCUCAGCCUGGUAGGCUGGAAUGGAAGGUAAAGGUCCGGGCAGACGGGACUAGGUACGUGGCGCGGCGCCCUGCUCGUGAUCGGAUCCUGAGGGAACGGGCGCUGCGGAUCCGCGAGGAGCGCAGCAGUGGCAUGACGACAGAUGACGAUGCUGCCAGUGAGCUGAAAAUGGGCCGCUACUGGAGCAAAGAAGAACGAAAGCAGCAGCUGGCGAGGGCCAGGGAGCAGCGACGCCGCCGUGAGUUCAUGCAGCGCAGCCGUCUGGAGUGCCUGAGAGAGGCUGCCGGGACGUCAGGAGCAGAAGUCAGCAUCCUGGAACUGAGCCACAAGAAAAUGCUGAAAAAGCGCAACAGGAAAAUCUUGGACAACUGGAUGACCAUUCAGGAACUGAUGAGUCACGGGGCCAGAGCGCCCGAGGGCACCAAAGUGCACAACGCCUUCCUGUCUGUCACCACCGUGUAGGGGUCAAAGCUCUGAAUCAGUGAUUUCUAACUCUGGUGCCGGAGUAUCCCUGACACAUAUUGUACAAAGUACAUUUUGAGUGUUGCUCUAACCUGAUCCUGCAAAUCAGCUAAUUAACAAGCCCUUUCUUUGCAGAAGAGGGUAUGUUAGAUCAGGAAAACGCUAAAAUGUGCAAAGCAGGGGAACUCUAGGACCAGUGUUAAAAAGGACUGAUCUAGACUAAGGCUCCGCAUUCACUCUGUGCUACUAUCUUUUGUACUGACCUCCUUCCAAAUGACAGUUUUCUAUUGUACA